CCGCGCAGAGUUGCUGAGCAAUAAAGUUGUUCGCGCUAGCAGGCGUUAGCGUUAGCAUUAGCGUCAGCAUCCUGUCUGAGUGUUUCCUGGUUGGGGCGUUAAAUGUCAAACCAUUAUUAUAUUGUCUGUGCGUUUUAAUGAACGUUUUGCAGCGAAUUCCCGUCUUACGCCAACCCAACGUCGCUCUGAAUAGCAAACGACGCAGCUAACGACAGCUAGCAACGCAGAAUCGAGAGUAAUCAGAGCUGUAGUUGGAAGCGUCUGGAAUAACCCAGGAGCUGCUAACCUCAAACAGACGCUGGACCUCCACUAUUCCUGCCAGAGGAGGAUAAAGUUUUUCUUAUCUGAUUUUGAUUGUUCAGUCAUGGAGGCUUAAGUCCGUACAGAGGGAUGUCCGAGGAGGGGAGAGGGGUUUGAGAUCACGUCUGCUUUGGUUUAUUUGUGUGUUUGUGUGCAUGAGACAUUAUUUUGACUUAUGUUUGCAGACAUCAUACUUAUCUUUAAGUUUGAAUAGGCAGAUAUUAGGGAUGUGUGCACUGGGGUUAGUAGAUAGGAAAGCGGACAGUGACCCGGGGUGAUGUGGCUUCACUUUUGUGAUUAUUGAUUUGAUUUUCAGCCCUGCUAUUAUACAUCUUUUUUUAACAGCACAGGAUGUGCUUUGUUUAUCUCGCGUCCACUGGGUCGGCAGCCGAAAGGAGAAAUAUUGUUUCUGCAGUUAAGUGUUCAGAGGUGGUACUUUACGAAUGCAGGUGCCAAGUGUUUAUAGAGCAGAAAUGAUUCUGAGAGACGUGAAGUGGCAGAUGUUUUGGGGAAAGCGCUACAUCACUGGUACUUUUUUCUGCACAACAGCCCUUUUAGUUUCAGCUUGAAGUACUUUUUCAUGGUCUUGAUCUGAGGUAAACCUUCCACCACCUCUGCCCCCUUAUCGAUUUCAAUUUUUUCAGUUUCGGUGUGACUGAGUGUCUGCGUGAGAUUGAGACCCUGGGUUUUCUCAAACCUCUCUCCCUUUUUAAGGACAUCACUUUGCCUCAUAUCAUUAUAAAAAAAUUAAAAAAUGGAAACUCUUGUUCAGCUUAAAAACAGCCAGUUUUUGAUGGGGUUGUGUCGUAAUGGGCCUCCACCUGACUUGCAAUAUGACAACUCCUCAGAACUCUUCCGCAUUUCUACCUUUGCUCGUUUCCCAUCGUCCGGAGUCACAGAGCGAAGCCUGGCGAGGGCCGGUUGGUUCUACACCGGUGUGGGGGACCGCGUGCAGUGCUUCAGGUGUAAUGUGACAGCAGAGGGCUGGCAGGCUGGAGACUGUCCAACAGAGAAACACAGACAGCUCUCUCCUUCCUGCUCUUUCAUCCAGAGUCUCCCAUCCACAACCAACCUGCUUUCCUCUUCUCACUCUGCUUUCUCCCCGCUCCGCAUUGCCCCAGCCCUACCACUCCCUGGUUCAGGCCAGGGUGAAGAGCCAGUUGGCUACCUAAAUAUGGCCUUCUCCGCGCCGCCACCCUCCAGCCCACUGACCUCUCGUGGUGUAGAGGACAUGUCCCACCAAAGACCGACAUGCCACAAUCCCAGCAUGCGAAGAGAACAGGACCGCCUAGACUCCUUCCACCCAUGGACACUCUCCAUCAUCAGCCCUGCGGAGCUCUCCAAAGCAGGCUUCUACUAUUUAGGCCAGGCUGACCGAGUGGCCUGCUUCAGCUGUGGAGGACAGUUAAGUAACUGGGAGCCAGGAGACAGACCUGUAUCUGAACAUCAGAGACAUUAUCCAAACUGUCGGUUUGUCCGGGGCGAGAGAGCUGAGAACGUGCCUCUAGCUGGAGCUGCUCCUGGAGCAAUAACUUCCCAAAUGUCUGCAGCAGCCCCAGCUCUCAGUAAUGUUUCCAACCCUGCCAUGCAGCAGAGCGAUGAGAGGCUGCUUACCUUUGUCAACUGGCCGUCUCGUAUCCCUGUGCGGCCUGACCAGCUGGCUAAAGCCGGCUUCUACUAUGUAGGUCGAAACGAUGACGUCAAGUGUUUCUGUUGCGAUGGGGGCCUUCGUUGCUGGGAGUCUGGAGAUGAUCCAUGGGUGGAACAUGCUAAAUGGUUUCCCCGGUGUGAAUAUUUGCUUCAGGAAAAGGGACAAGAGUUUGUUCAUCAGAUCCAAGCUCGUUUUCCUCGUCUGUUUGAACAGCUUUUAACAAGUGGCGACUCGUCCAGAGAGUUUGUGGAUCCACCAGUGGUCCACCUCGGUCCAGGAGAAGAGCGGUCCGAGGAUGCAGUCAUGAUGAACACCCCUGUGAUUAAGUCUGCCUUGGAGAUGGGUUUUGAGAGGAACCUAGUUAAACAAACAGUCCAGAGCAAGAUUCUGACCAGUGGAGAAAACUAUAGAACAGUCCAGGAACUGGUUUCAGACUUGCUGAGUGCUGAGGAUCAGAAGAGGGAAGAGGAGCGAGAGAUGCUGGCAGAGGCCAUGGCAUCAGAUGGCUUCACCUUUGUGAAGAGGCACCAGGCAGCUCUAAUCCAGCGUCUAAAGAGUGUUGAGCCAGUGUUGGAGCAUUUAAGAGACCAAAAUGUUUUAUCGGCUGAGGAGUACAGCAGUCUACAGGCUCAGACGUCAGCACAACAGCAAACUGCCAGGCUGAUUGAGUUUGUCCUCACGAAGGGCAAUGCUGCAGCUGAGGUCUUCCGCAACUGGAUCCAGAAGAAUGACAUCCACCUGCUCAGAGAUCUCAUGGCCCAGUCAAAUGAAGCUGCAUCACCAAGCCAAGAUCUGUCAGAUCUCCCUAUGGAGGAGCAGCUGCGACGCCUCCAAGAGGAGCGCACAUGCAAAGUGUGUAUGGAUAAAGAAGUCAACAUCGUUUUCAUUCCAUGUGGACACCUAGUGGUGUGUAAAGAGUGUGCACCAUCAUUAAGAAAGUGCCCCAUCUGCAGAGGCCUGGUUAAAGGCACAGUUCGUACCUUCCUCUCAUAACCAGGAGGCUGUAAGUCGUCACUAAAAUGUGACUAAAUGAGAGCAAUAUGACACAGGUUUUCAUUUACUGGAAGAGGGCAAUUGUUGGCCAACUUGUGUAACUAACAUUUAACUUAUUUACCAAAAUAAAUUUUUAACAUGAAGGAUGUCAUUAAAUACAUUUUUCCAGGUCCUUGUAAUAUUGCAGUUGUGCAAGUCCUUGACACAAGUCAGGUAAUUGUAAACAUAUUACAGUAAAAUGUUACAAAAUGA